UAUCACUUUAUUCUGUCAUAAAAAAUUAUCCUCCUCUCAAAAUGGCGACAUAACCAGAUCUCGUGACCCCUGACGUCAUUUUCGGCCUCGAUUUAGAUUCAAGAUGUCAGCGCCCAUGAGUGGAAACGAAAAUUGUGAAAAUGAAUUAGAUUCUUCAAAAUUAGGAACUAAACCUUUCUGGGAUGAUGCAUACAAAGAAGAGAUACAGAAUUUCAAAAUAAAUGGUGAUGUUGGUGAAGUAUGGUUUGGAGAAGAUACUAUGGAGAGAGUCGUUGACUGGAUAAAUGAAAAUGAUUCAGUCACAAAAUCCUCCUCAAUUCUUGACAUAGGCACGGGGAAUGGUGUGAUGCUUCUUGAACUGCAUGCAUUGGGCUAUGAGAGCUUAACUGGAGUAGAUUAUUCAGAUGGAGCAGUGGAAUUAGCUAAGUCAAUAGCUGCUUCCAAGGAUGCUUAUAUAAAAUUUGAGACGGCUGAUAUCUUGGCUGAUCUUACAUGUACCGAGUGUUUAGCACUGCGACAGACAUAUGAUGUGUGUGUGGAUAAGGGAACAUAUGAUGCCAUCAGUCUCAACCCGAACAAUGUCACAGAAUGUAGACAAAAAUAUAUUGAAAAUGUCUGGAAGAUACUCAAUGAAAACGGACUGUUAGUGAUAACAUCAUGUAACUGGACAAAGGAAGAAUUACUGAAUCAUUUCUCAAAAGGUUUCAAGUUUCAACAUCAUAUAAGAGCACCAACAUUCCAGUUUGGGGGUAAAACAGGAAGUACAGUGACCUCGCUCAUAUUCCAAAAAUCUCAGAUGUAA